CCUGAAGAAUUCCCUUCAGUACCCAAAUUCUUCGCACGGAAUUUUCAUCGCGAGUGUUUAAAAAAAAAACAAAUCUCUCAUGAUUCUUCUUGCAAAGUUUCGAACACAGAAAUCAAACCGAAUUCUGUCGGGUCUCCCUGAUGCUGCGCCUAUGCUUGCAGGUCAAAUUUUUUAUUUCGAUUUUGUUCAGAGCAGUGACCGAAAAUGAUAGAGAGUGAUGAGAGGAGACAAAAUCAGAGUCAAGAAAUAAAAGCUAUGUAUACCCCUCUGACUACCGCUCUAAAAAUUUGUUGGAUAUUUUUAAGUUUUGUAUUUUUUGAUUUAAUACUGUAAGAAAUGAAUCGGUCGCUAUAGACAACGCAAAAGCAUCCGUGUUUACAUAUUUGCCCUAUGUAAUUCUAAUUGCAAUACAUCUUUAUGGUCGGAAAUACCCUGGAUCGCGCCUGGCAGAAUUUUCGUUUUGUUUCCUUAUUCCUGUUUCCUCAGCAUUUGCAUUCGAUUGUGGCACGUUUCAUGAUGUUUGCUAACAUUGUUCAAAUGGCUGGUGGUACACGAACCCUAUUUAUACUGACAAUACUGCUAACUGCGCCUGGAUUCAAGGCGUUUGUCAAUGACUUUUCUUCACUUCACGUAAUAUCAGAGGUUCGCCUGCCUAAUGAAGUUUUGCCUCUAAGCUAUGAUGUCCUCAUUGAGCCGCAUAUGGAUAACCAAAACUUUGAAGGAUCAAUAAAAAUGCACUUAAGAUGGAUUGCAGAUUCAAAAAAGGUGUAUUUCCAUGCACAUGACAGUUUGUUGAUCGACGUCAGCCAAAUCAUAUUAACUACAUUAAAUAUGGGAGAUGGGACUUUGGGCAAUAAUGUAAUAAUUUUAAGGGGCAUCCGACUGCCUCGAAAGCCUGUAUUUGUUUUAUACCUAAAAGAUAAAAUAAAAAAGGGCUCUGAAUGUCUUUUAGACAUUUAUUUUCAAGGAAAUAUUUCAGAAACUGAGGAAGGCCUCUUUAGAAGCUCUUACACAAAUUCUAGCCACGAUGGCGGAGAAAUAUAUUUAGCUACAAACCUAAAUCCAAACAAUGCUCGUCGAUUAUUUCCAUGCUUUGACGAACCAGGAAUAAAGGUCCCAUUCAAUGUGUCAAUUGCAAGACCUAAAGGUUAUAUUACACUAUUUAAUACUCCUCUGCAUAAUUCAAUAAAUCACCCUAAAUUACGUGGUUACAGCUUGGAUUUUUUUCAUCCCACUGCGCCAAUGUCUUCACAUGCUUUUGGCUUUGUAAUAUUAAAAAUGCAUACGUGGAACGAACAUAAAAUUCAAAAAUCUUCAGAUAUUCCUGCUAUACAUAUUUGGAGCAAUAACCUCUCAUCAACCAUUAUAUUGGAUAUCCAAAACAAACUUAAUGUUGCACAUACCACAAUUCAAAAGUUUUUUAGUAUCCCGCUCCCCAUAACUAAGCUUGAUGUUAUCGCGAUACCUAGCCUUGCAACAGUUCCAUUUAUUAGCGCAAGUGGUAUUCUGAUAGCUAGAGAAUCUGAAAUUCUAAAGAAAGAUGCAUUUGAAAUAUCGCGCGAACUAAUAUAUCAAUGGAUUGGUAUAUGGAUAACGCCCGAAUGGUGGACUGAUGCCAAUGUGAAUAAAGCGCUAAUCAGUUUUAUUGCGUCGGAAAUCGUUUUUGAAAUUAAUGGCGGAAAAGAGUUUAAUGGCAAAUAUCCAAUGACAAUUCUUUACUCAUUGUACUAUGAGUUAAGCAAGAGGUAUCCCAACUCGCACAUAACAGGAAUUAAACACGAGUUUGCCUCAAUAAAAGUUCAGCUUAUAAUUCGAAUGCUUUGCCUUACCGUAGGAAAAUACACUUUUAGACUCGCAAUACAAAGCUUUAUUUCAGACUACAAAUUUAAAACGUAUAAAAGCUCUGACUUCUGGAAUGCAAUCACGACACAAGCCAUAGCAGAUAAUUCACUAGAUAGUGAUCUGAGUAUAUUAAGCAUUUCUGAGUCUUGGUUAAAGCAUAGCCGCCUGCCUCUUGUCACAAUAAUACGAGAUUAUGAUUCAGAAACUGCAAUUGUUCAACAAAAGGUAUAUCUUAGGGAAAGGCUACAUGAUGUUCCCGACCAGGACAGUAUGCUUUGGUGGAUCCCAAUUGCGUUAACGCGGCAAGACAGUCUAAAUUUUGUGAAUCCUAGUUCAUUUAUAUGGAUGAAUAAGACUAGGCAAAUGUUAAUUUCAAACCUUCCAAGCAAAAAUAUGUUCAUAAUUGUUAAUGAAGAGGAAAUCGGACCCUUCCCCGUUAACUAUGACGACAACAAUUGGAACAUGCUAUCAAAAUAUCUAAGGACGGAAGAAAAAAGAGAAUCCAUUCCAGUAUAUACGAGGGCAAAACUACUGCAUGACGCCUGGAACUUAGCUUAUGCUGGUGAACUUAAUUUUUCCACUGCUCUUAAUGUAACAUUAUUUUUAAAGUAUGAACGUAAUCAUAUUGUUUGGAGUCCAGUAUUCACAUUUCUCGACCAAGUUGGCAAACGUCUAGAAAAAUCAUCAAUUAAUAAAAAGUUUGAGCUUUACAUUAUAGAACUUUUAGCUCCAUUAUAUGAAUACUUAGGAACUGCACAUUUUAACGAAGACAUAAAUACAACUGAACUCCGUAAAUUUACUACAUCGUUUUUAUGUAAAGCUGGAUAUUUUCCAUGUUUUAAAGAAGCAAGAAGGGCCUUCAAUAUAUGGAUCAACAGUUCUUUUCCAAACUCUGAAACUCCGGUUCCCAACGAGUUCAUUUGUUCAAUUUUCAAGUGGGGCUCUAUGGAGGAAUGGAUGUUUGGGCUCGAUCGUAUACGCGAGUUUCCCAAGUCUCGUAUUCAGAGUGAUCGUACCCACUUAUUAAAAAUGCUGGCUGGAUGUCCAGCGCAGCAAGAUAAAAUUAUUAUUCUACUUGAAAUGGCCAUCCUCAAAAAUAUUUCAAUUUUUUCCGAUAACGACAAAAUGUUAAUUAUUAGUAUGGUUACUUCUCGAUCCAUAGGAUACACGACACUAUUGGAUUUUCUGUCAAAUAAUUGGGACUAUAUUCAUCAGGAGUUUAAUAAUAACACAAAUAUUUGGAGCAAGCUUAUUUCAUCUGCAACGGGAAUGUUUUCUACUCAACAAGGUUACGAUUCGGUUAAAAAUUUUUACGAUAAGCAUCAUGGACAUUUUGGCCGUGCACAACACAUUAUAGAGAAGUCACUUCGAAAUAUCAAAGAAGAAAUUCAAUGGAGUAAUCAAAAUAUACCCGUAAUAGAAGAGUGGAUUGACCACUAUUUGUCUGACGCCCCAAAACACGCAUAUGUAAACUAAUGCAUAUAAUGUAUAAGGUAUGAUUCAUAAUUGCGAAUAAAAAUACUGUUUGUGUGACUUCA